UUCGCGGGCCCGGGCUGGGGUGCGGCGCCAUGGAGCGGCUGCGGGACGUGCGCGGGCGGCUGCAGGCCUGGGAGCGCGCGUUCCGGCGGCAGCGCGGGCGGCGGCCGGGCCAGGAGGACGUGCGGGCGGCGCCGGAGGAGACACGCGCGCUCUACCGGGAGUACCACGCGCUGAGGAGGGCCCUGAGCCGGGCCGGCGGCGCGGGACCCUGCAGCCCCAAGCAGCCGCGGCCGACGGCGGAGGAGAUGCAGGAGCCCAGCUGCUGGGGGCCGCACCUGAGUCGGGCAGCGACGCGGAGUCCUCACGCCGCUGGCUCUGCGCCAGGCUCUGCGGGGGCCGCGACCGACUACGGGGCGAGGCUUAAAGCCAACCUGAGAGCCACGCGCCAGGCUGGGCCAGCCCUGGGCGGCAUACCCCGGCCUCCACGGAGACUCUCGUCCAAGAUGCCCUCCCCCGGGCCACCAGGUGCAGGGGCUGCCCCCGUCUCUGCAGAAGUAGUCAGGGAGGAGCCACUCCAGCCUCCUGGGCCCCAGCCCAGGCCAGGCCGCCUUCGGCAGCUGCAGGCAUCCCUGAGCCUACGUUUGAGCUCCCUAGACCCAGGCUGGCUAGAGCGCUGUAACGGUGCGGCCUCAGAUUGCCUGGGGGCUUCCGCGGCCCGCCAGCCCAGCCUGGGUGUAGAGGAGUCACGGCCUCUGACUUCGGGGGUCCCGUCGGUCCUUGGAGCCAGCCCUGGCCCCGAGGGUCGAGCCCUGCAGAGAGCUGCAGUCGGUGCAGGGAGCCCCAAAGCUGGCAACAGUCAAGGUAAGAAGCGGAGACGGACUAAGGAACCAGGAGGGGUUCCUGCACAGGCGCAGCAGGACGGCGCCCAAGCGGGACCCCCGCCUGAGGAAGCCGGGGCUGCGGAACCUGCAGAAGACUGUCCAGGAGAACCCCUGAGGGUACAGCCCGCCAGUGGUCCCACAGCCACCAGCUUAGUCAUGCGGGACCAAGGUAAUUAUGUUCGGCUCAACCUGAAGCAGAAACGCUACGUGCGAGGCCCAGCACAACGCGGCAGGCUCCUCCGCAAGCAGAUGUGGAAGCAGAAGUGGCAGAAGAAGGGGGAGCAUUUUGGAGGCGGCCAAGCCCGAGCCACAGCCGACGAUUCUUGCUUCCGAUGUGGGCAGCUCGGCCACUGGUCAUCCCAGUGCCCCCAGCCAGAGGCUACUUGGGGCCCCCAGACGAGCAGUGAGAAGGAAGAGGAGGUACAGCCCCAGCUCACCCCGGAGGAGGGCCCCCGGAGGAAGGGCAGCACCAGCUGCCGGCUCCCUGUGAGUGAAGAAGACACGGAGCCCGCUGGGCCUGAGCGGUUGGUGACCAUGGAGCAGCCAGUGCUGCAGGUCCCCUGCCCACCCCCCACUGUGCCUCCACUCUACCCACCAGGGCUCUCGGGGCAGGUGGCAGAGACCCCAGCUGAGGUGUUCCAGGCCCUAGAGCAGCUGGGGCACCAAGCCUUCCGCCCCAGGCAGGAACAGGUGGUCAUGCGCAUCCUCUCUGGCAUGUCCACGCUGCUGGUGCUGCCCACUGGUGCUGGCAAGUCCCUGUGCUACCAGCUUCCCGCGCUGCUCUAUGCCCGGCGGAGCCCCUGCCUCACGCUGGUCAUCUCUCCCCUCCUGUCGCUCAUGGACGACCAGGUGUCCAGCCUGCCCCCGUGCCUGAAGGGGGUCUGCAUCCACUCGGGCCUGAGCCAGAAGCAGCGCGAGUCGGCCCUGCAGAAGGUUCAUGCGGCCCAGGUGCAGCUGCUGGUGCUGUCGCCCGAGACGCUGGUGGGGGCUGGGGUGGGGACGCCUGGCCACCUCCCCCAGCUGCCUCCGGUCGCCUUCGCCUGUAUCGAUGAGGCCCACUGCAUUUCCCAGUGGUCCCACAACUUCCGGCCCUGCUACUUGCGUGUCUGCAAGGUGCUGCGGGAACACAUGGGUGUGCACUGUUUCCUGGGUCUCACAGCCACGGCUACACGCAGCACCGCGAGAGAUGUGGCCCGGCAUCUAGGCGUGGCCGAGGAGCUGGUCCUCAGGGGGCCAGCCACCGUCCCCAGCAACCUGCACCUCUCUGUGUCCAGGGACAGGGACCCAGACCAGGCUUUGGUGACACUGCUGCAGAGUGAUCGCUUCCGCGCUCUGAGCUCAGUCAUCAUCUACUGCCACAGACGCGGGGACACAGAGCGAGUCGCUGCGCUGCUCCGCACCUGCCUGCGUGAGGCCUGGGACCUCGGGCCUGGAGGCCAGCCCGAGGCUGUCGCCGAGGCCUACCAUGCUGGCAUGUGUCCGCGGGAGCGGCGACGGGUGCAACAGGCCUUCAUGGAGGGGCGUCUGCGGGUGGUGGUGGCCACCGUGGCCUUCGGGAUGGGGCUGGACCGGCCAGACGUGCGGGCUGUGUUGCACCUGGGGCUGCCUGCCAGCUUUGAGAGCUACGUGCAGGCUGUGGGCCGGGCCGGACGUGACGGCCAGCCUGCACACUGCCACCUCUUCCUGCAGCCCCAGAGCCAGGACCUGCAGGAGCUGCGCAGACACGUGCACGCUGAUGCCAUGGACUUUCUCACGAUGAAGAAGCUGGUCCAGCGCGCAUUCCCGCCCUGCACCUGCACCCACGCCCCACGGCCUCCGGAGCAGGAGGGAGCCAGGAGUCAAGAGCAGCCUGUGGCCCCAUCCCUGAUGGAGGCCGAGCAACCCAACAGCAAAGGCACAGCCCGGUGCCCAGGCCACACGCGGGCACUGCCCAUGCGGGCGCUGGUGGAAGCCCUGGACAUGCCUGAGGAGGCCAUUGAGACCCUGCUGUGCUACCUGGAGUUACACCCGCAGCGCUGGCUGCAGCUGCUGGCACCCACCUAUGCCCACUGCCGCCUGCGCUGCCCUGGGGGCCCCACCCAGCUCCAGGCCCUGGCCCGCAGGUGCCCCCCCCUGGCUGUGUGUUUGGCCCAGCAGCCAGCGAACACCACAGGUGGGGGAAGCGCUUCUGUAGAGUUUGACGUCUUUAACCUGGCUGACUCGCUGGGCUGGAAGCUGGGCCGCGUGCGGCAGGCUCUCCGUCAGCUGCAGUGGGACCUGGAGCCCAGGACAGGUGCACGUGGGGGCACGGGGGUGCAGGUGGAGUUCGGGGAGCUCGCCUUCUGUGUGCACAGUCCUGGGGACCUGACUGCCCACGAGAGGGACCAGAUCUGUGACUUCCUGUACGGACACAUACAGGCCCGAGAGCAGGAGGCCCUGGCCCGCCUGCGCCGCAUCUUCCAGGCCUUUCUCAGCGUGGCCUUCCCCAGCUGCGGGCCCUGCUUGGAGCAGCCUGAUGAGGAGCGCAGCACCAGGCUCAAGGCUUUGCUCAGCGGCUACUUCGAGGAGGAGGAGGAGGGUCCAGGGGGCUCGGAAGAUGAGCAGGCCCUGGAGCCCGGACAGGAGAAGAUCCAGGACUGGGAGGACCAGGUUCGCCAGGACAUCCGCCACCUGCUGUCCUCGUGGCCAGACCAGCAGUUCUCAGGCAGGGCCGUGGCCCGUAUCUUCCACGGCAUCGGAAGCCCCCGCUACCCGGCGCAGGUGUACGGGCGGGACCGGCGCUUCUGGAGGAGAUUCCUGCACCUCAGCUUCCAUGCCCUGAUGCGCAUAGCCACAGAGGAGAUCCUGCGGUGCGGCCCCUGAACACCCUGCUGGGGCGGGCCCUGCUCCCUUGUGUCACGACAGGCACGCGCCAGGGGCUGCGUGGCCAGCGUGCAGGGAGCCCGGUGUGGACUUUGUCAGGGGAAAAGGGCACAGAUGUCCACGACAAUGGCUGACAACCCUGGGCAAGGCCCACCACCAGAAGUGUGGUGGGGCAAGGAUGCCCCAAAAUGCAGAAUAAAAAAUGCUCAAGCCA